AUGCCUUUUAAAGCAUUCGAUACCUUCAAAGAAAAAAUUUGGAAACCUGGAAAGGAGGGCGUGAAGAACGCUGUGGGAGAUUCGUUGGGGAUUUUACAAAGGAAAAUUGAUGGGACCCAUGAGGAAGAAGGUAACAUUGAGCUGAAUGAAGAAGGGAGGCCGGUGCAGACGUCCAGGCAGAGGCCCCCACUCUGUGACUGCCACUGUUGUGGGGUCCCCAAGCGCUACAUCAUUGCUAUUAUGAGCGGGCUGGGGUUCUGCAUCUCCUUUGGGAUUCGGUGCAAUCUUGGAGUUGCCAUUGUGGAAAUGGUCAAUAACAGCACUGUGUAUGUUGAUGGAAAACCGGAAAUUCAGACAGCACAAUUUAACUGGGACCCAGAGACGGUGGGCCUUAUCCAUGGAUCUUUUUUCUGGGGUUAUAUUGUGACACAAAUUCCAGGUGGUUUCAUUUCAAAUAAAUUUGCUGCGAACAGGGUCUUUGGAGCUGCCAUCUUCCUAACAUCGACCUUGAACAUGCUCAUUCCAUCUGCAGCCAGAGCGCAUUACGGCUGUGUCAUGGGUGUCAGGAUUUUACAAGGUUUAGUGGAGGGUGUGACAUACCCAGCAUGUCACGGGAUGUGGAGUAAGUGGGCACCACCUCUGGAGAGAAGCAGACUGGCUACAACCUCCUUUUGUGGUUCCUAUGCAGGAGCAGUGAUUGCCAUGCCGCUGGCCGGGGUGUUGGUCCAGUACAUUGGAUGGGCCUCUGUCUUUUAUAUUUAUGGUAUUUUGGGGAUUAUUUGGUACAUGUUUUGGCUGUUGCAGGCCUAUGAGUGUCCAGCAGCUCACCCAACAAUAUCCCAGGAGGAGAGGACCUAUAUAGAGACAAGCAUAGGAGAAGGAGCCAACUUGGGUAGUCUCAGUAAAUUUAAUACACCAUGGAAAAGAUUUUUCACGUCAUUGCCAGUGUAUGCAAUCAUUGUGGCCAAUUUUUGCAGAAGCUGGACAUUUUAUUUGCUGUUAAUAAGUCAGCCUGCUUACUUUGAAGAGGUCUUUGGAUUUGCAAUAAGUAAGGUGGGUCUCUUGUCAGCAGUCCCACACAUGGUUAUGACGAUCAUUGUGCCUAUUGGAGGACAAUUGGCUGAUUAUUUAAGAAGCAGAAAAAUUUUGACCACAACUGCUGUCAGAAAAAUCAUGAACUGCGGAGGUUUUGGCAUGGAGGCAACCUUGCUCCUCGUGGUUGGCUUUUCCCAUACCAAAGGGAUGGCUAUCUCCUUUCUGGUGCUUGCUGUAGGAUUUAGUGGUUUUGCUAUUUCAGGUUUCAAUGUCAACCACUUGGACAUUGCCCCUCGCUAUGCCAGCAUUCUCAUGGGAAUCUCAAAUGGAGUGGGAACCCUCUCUGGAAUGGUCUGUCCCCUUAUUGUGGGCGCAAUGACCAAGCAUAAGACCCGUGAGGAGUGGCAGAAUGUGUUCCUCAUAGCUGCCUUGGUGCACUACAGUGGCGUCAUCUUCUAUGGGGUCUUUGCUUCUGGGGAGAAGCAGGAGUGGGCAGACCCCGAGAACCUUUCUGAGGAGAAGUGUGGAAUCAUUGACCAGGAUGAAUUAGCCGAGGAGACAGAACUCAACCAUGAGAGUUUUGCAAGUCCCAGAAAGAAGAUGUCAUAUGGAGCCACCACCCAGAAGUGUGAAGUCCAGAGGAAGGAAUGGAGAGGACAGAGAGGAGUGAUCGUCAACGAGGAAGAGCUGACAUCCUACCAGAAUGAAGGGGAAAGCUUCUCAGAGGCAUCCUAA